UCAACUGUCAUAUGACAUUUGACGCAGCUGACGCGCUCUGGCGUUAUUUUAAUUGGAGGGAAACGUAUUGUUUUGCUAUUUCUGUGUGCCGCAAUUCGUUGAAAGGCAAGUUAAAUGCAAAAAUGAGUGCUGCUACUACUCCGAACAUUGUCAUACCAGAAGAUACUCCGUCGGAACAAGAAGAAAUUCGUAAAACCUCACGAAUGACGCUGAAGGAAGUGCAGAACGUCGUCAGUACGUUAAAGGAAAAUUUUUACCCAGGAAAAUCAUUGCCUCACGCACCCGGCAAGGAUUUGUCGGUGUCGUCUGCCAAGCAACCGAGCGAGCCGAAACGCUGCAAAAUGGUGGAACAGCUAACAAAGGCUACACAAACGACAUUCGAGGACGAAACAAACCUUCUGGCCGAACAACCAAGUGCGGGCUACUGGGUGAAGGUGGCAGAAAAGCGACGCCUUGCACUGAAGGAAACAGUCGAAGAGAAUGCCCGGCUGCACAUGGAGCUAAGCGAAAAGACCGAGGAACUGAACGAUCUACAGAACGUUGUCGAGUCCCUGAAGAGUUUGGUGGAAACGGUUGUGGAAAUGCUGAACGAGGAAUCCGAAUCGAAAACAACAAAUGAGGCUUCUCAAGUGGACGACAGCGGUAUUGCACAUUCCUUGGUGGAUGGUGGAACGGAUAAUUAGAGCUUAGGAAGUUUGUUUAGUUCACUUUUCUACAUUUAGUUUUAGUUUGUUACCACUUACGAUGUUUGGACGAUUCUUUUUCUCUGAUUUUUCAUAAACUAUUUCACCGAUUACUGAAUAAAACUCGAUUUACUCGAUAUUGGCUUUACAUAAGAAAAGUGUGCCGUACAA